UGUAGUUUCUCAACAUAAACAGCAAUGGCGGAGGCAGCAGCAGCGUCUACGGCGGCUUCACCAGUAACAGUAGGUUGGACCAAACACGUAACCUGCAGGUAUUUCAUGCACGGUCUAUGCAAAGAAGGAGAUCACUGUCGAUAUUCCCACGAUCUGACCAACAGCCAACCCGCAGCUAUGACUUGCAAGUUCUUUCAGAAGGGAAACUGUGUGUUUGGAGAUCGUUGCAGGUUUGAACACUGUAAACCAGAGAAGACUGAGGAGGAGUUGCCAACAUCACAGGCGCUGCCGCUGCCCUCUGUCUCGAAGGCCGGCUCGUCAGACCCAGAACCCAGUGGGCCAACACCUGGUUCAGGGGCACAAGACUGGGUCAACGCUGCCGAGUUUGUUCCAGGACAACCGUACUGCGGGCGGGCCGAGACGCCCGAGGGCUUGGGCCCGCUCAUCGAGGAGUCGGACGGCGAGGCGUCGCCGGACAAGAAGGAGCUGAGGAAGCAGCUCUGUCCCUACGCGGCCGUCGGCGAGUGCCGCUACGGAAUCAACUGCGCCUAUCUCCAUGGCAACGUGUGCGACUUGUGCGGCCUCCAGGUGCUCCACCCCACCGACAACGCCCAGCACUCGGCCCACACCAAGGUGUGCAUCGAGGCCCACGAGAAGGACAUGGAGAUCUCCUUCGCCAUCCAGCGCAGCAAGGACAUGAUGUGCGGCGUGUGCAUGGAGGUCGUGUUCGAGAAGGCCAACCCGAGCGAGCGGCGCUUCGGCAUCCUCUCCAACUGCAGCCACUGCUACUGUCUGAAGUGCAUCCGCAAGUGGAGGUGUGCCAAGCAGUUCGAGAGCAAAAUCAUCAAGUCUUGCCCGGAGUGUCGGAUCACAUCCAACUUCGUCAUCCCAAGCGAGUACUGGGUGGAGGAAAAGGAGGACAAGCAGAAACUCAUCCAGAAAUACAAGGACGGCAUGGGGACUAAAGCGUGUCGGUACUUUGACGAGGGUCGUGGAACGUGUCCGUUUGGCUCAAACUGCUUCUAUAAGCACGUGUUUCCUGACGGGCGGCUGGAGGACACUCAACCCCAGAGAAGACAGACCGGAUCCAACAGCAGGAACCGGAGCUCGAGGCGAACGCCGCUGUGGGACAUCUUCGACGAGCGGGAAAGCACGGACUCCUUCGACAACGAGGACGAGGAGCUGGUGACCUUCGAGCUGAGCGAGAUGCUCCUCAUGCUGCUGGCGGCGGGAACCGACGACGAGGUCACGGACUCGGAGGACGAGUGGGACUUGUUUCACGAGGAGCUGGACGAUUUCUACGAGAUCUACCUAUAGCCCCCCCCCCCCCCCCCCUCAUGUAUACUAGACACUAGAAUGGACUGUCUCGUGCGAGUGAUGGACAGUAGCUUUCCCCCCCCCCCCUCCCUGUAUUGCGGCAGUGCUUUGAAGCAGGCCAUUAAUAAAUGAACUUUUAACAGAAGAAAAAGAAAGAAAGAAAAAAGUCUAACAAAGUGCGCUCGUGCUAAACCUUUUCUAGACUUCUCUCCUCGUGCGUCCAUCUUGUGCAAUUUGUGUUUCAAAGGAUAAAAUGACAAAUAACUCGAUAUAAGAUUCUAACUUUCUCUCUCUUCAGAUAUUGCUAAUAAACAUUGUCCGGUUUGUUUUGCGGGUGUGGGUUUAACUGAUCCUCUCCCCGGGUGUUCACGCGUGCUUCUGAGGAUGCACUCUUCACUUACUCGCCACCAUUUGCUGUAAUCGUGAUGGGCGUGUUGUAAGAUUUUACAUUAUUUUGUUGUUCCUUUAUUAAAGCUGCUGAUAUAUUGUGCUGCUGUUUUAGAUGCAUACUCAUGUUACUGUACUGAAAAUGUACCGUGUCCCUCUUUUUCAGGGGCAGGAAGUCCGUCAUGAUUCAUUAGACGCUCGUGAAUCUGUCCUUCAAAGCAAGCGACCAAUGAGAGCCCCCGAUCCCAAAAUGUUGUUUUUUUGUAACUGACAUUUCAGUGUCUGAGCAGCUGAUGAUGUAAGUUAUGGAAAGAUGCUGCGUGGCUGGAUGCUUCACGACGGAUUACUACUGAACUACAUGUUACUCUCCUUUAAGAGGCUGACUGAAGGGAGUCUGGUACCAGGAUCAGGUCCAGGAUCUGGUCCAGGAUCUGGUCUAAGAGUAGACCUGCUGAGUCUCUCUCUCUCUCUCCACACACGGACAAGUCUACGAAAUGUUCAGUCCUUAGAAUGAUGUUAUGCAAUUUAAGUGAAAUUUAUAUAUAUCGGGUUUUCAAAAGUAUAGUUUUGUGUUUCUUUGAGGCCUAUUAAAUUCAAAUUGAUCUUA